ACCUCUAAAGCCCUGGCUGGAGGAAGCAGUAAUGAGCACAGAUCAGGGAGAAGCUUGCCUGGAGGAAGUGACUAAGGCUGCUUUGGCCACCCACUAUGCCCCAUGGGGUGGGCACCCUCAGUGGGAGCCUGGAGACAGUGGAAGAGCUGUGGAGGAUGGCGGGUCGGCCUGCCCUGACCCAGAGGCCAACAGUUCUCUUCCUGAAGCCUGGGAACUUUCAGAUGAUGAUAAAGAAUAUGGUGGGGAAGAAGCAACCAGCAUCCCUAAAGAGCAAGGAAGUGACUAUAUAGGUGGCCAGCCUGCUCCCAUGUCCCUCAGCCUUCUGAGAACCCUGCAAGACCCUCCUGGGGAAGAGGAAACUGAGGAAGGAGGAGUUGCUGAAGAAAAAGGGAUGAAAUUCUUCUGUUUCCCUCCAUCACACUGGGAGCACUGUCCAGGGAUGGAGGAGGAGGAGGAUGGAGAAGCUGUAAAUAAAGUUCCAACAACAUCUACUUGCCCCUCAUCCCCAGGAUCCAAGCCCAGUGCUUGGGUGUGUGCUGCAGGGGAAGAAGAGGCUGGAGCUAAGGAGGAAGAAAAAACAGAGAGUGAAGAAACCAGGAAGACCUCCAUUACCUCUUAAUCUGCAGGCUCCUGCCCCAG